UUUAAAAAAGUUAUUCAACCGAAAAAUAUUUACAUGUGAUAUUUUUGAGCUUAAAAACUAAGUAUUUUUAUAUUACAGAUUAAGAUGGAACAGAAGGAUAAGUUUGCUCUGCGCUGGGAUAAUUAUGAGAAAACUAUUGUUGAAGUUUUUCAGAAAAUCCGCGGAGAUCAUCACUUUUAUGAUUGUACACUAGUAUGCAACGGGAUUAAGAUAAAUGCACACAGAGUGAUCAUUUCCUCAUGCAGUCCAGUAUUCAGAGAUAUGCUCAGAAUUUCCUCUCAUCCCCACCCUGUUCUUUACCUCCGGGGUGUCCGGCAGGAGGAUUUGGAGUGGAUCCUUGACUUCAUGUACAACGGGGAGGUUCUCCUGGAGGAGUCGGAGCUAGAGGUUUUCCUGAAGAUAGCCGAGGAACUCCAGGUUCAAGGAUUGUGCCAGGUCGGUAAUGCAACCAGUUCCAGUUCUACAGUUAACCAGGACGUUCAUGACAUUCUAAGUGAUCUGGAACAGCCGGAUCAGAAAAGGAUCAAACGGGACCCAGAGCUGAGCAAGAACGAAGAGAAGUCAAAGUAUCGGAAAGCGAUUCUUAGCACUUUUGGUCCAGGAGUUUCAGUCAGUGUAAAGAAGGAACCAAAUUCUCAUCCUCGGAAAGAAUCUAACUCCACAGUUGCUAGUCUACAAGAGACCUUACUCCACUCUCCGGCAGGGUCAACCUCUAGCGAGCAUACUCAACUACUUCGUUCAUCUCCUCACUUUCCCCGCAAAGAUCGAGUUCGAACACCACCCAGUACUCCGCUACGGCCUCCGAGUACUCCGGGUGGGGUGAAAAGAUCCGCUCCAACGGAUAUAACAUCUCCAGGUAUACCUCCUCAGUCUCCAGUUUCAAACCGGCCUCAAACUCUGUUGUCUUCACUUCCUCCUGGUUUUUUGCAGAUCCAUAACAAUACUGAAUUGUCGCAGCCUCCGCAAUUUCCUCAACAACCCUCCGUAAUUCCGGAUUCUCCAUCAAACUCAGAAAUUCCAGAUUCUAGAACGAUUCCGCUUUUACGGAAUGUGGCUAGUCCGCCUGUGCUUCAUAUUCCAGAGACAUUGGUUGAACAGGCUUCUCAACCUAGGAGUUUACCCAGUUCUGUACAGAGCAGUGUUCAGGGUGCUGUACAUGGAAGUUCACAUUCCAAUGUACUGAAUUAUGUACAAAGCAGUGUAUCAAAUAAUGUUCUCAGCGGUCUGCUUAAUAGCAUACCAAGUAAUGUACAAAGUAUUGACUUAAAUAAUGCACAAAACAGGUUACAGAGUGGUGAUUACUUUAACAGAAUUAAUAAUAUUCAGUACAGUGUACAUAACAGUACAUCACGAAGUGUACAUAAUAGUGUGCAAAGUAGUUCACCUAACAGUAUGUCACACAGUUCCUCCAUUCCUUUUCAGAUCCAUGGUCCUCAUCCUGCUGCUCGACCAGCUGAACCUUAUGUAAGUUCCAACCUGCUAACUCAGAACAUUACCUCGAUCCUAGCAGGACAUGCUGCCGCCCUACAGCGCCAGGAGCUUCAAAGAUCCAACCCUGGUCGGGAAAUCAGUCAGGCAGGCAACCUACAGCAAUCUCCGGGGGCUCAUGGCUUAUCCGGAAGGAAUCCUCAGCUGGGAGGUGUACAUGGAGUACAUGCUCAGAUCGGACAACCACAUGUAGCACAAUCCGUCCCAGGCUCAUCUGGUCAGGUCGUAAUGAUGGAAGACAGUCAAGACAAGGAGUAUGAUGCACAGAUUGAAGAGUAUAUAGAGAGAGAAGAGACCCCUUACGGACCAAUCCUGAAAUGCAAAGUGUGUCCGAAGAACGUUAAAUUAAGAAACAAGCAAACUCUGAUUUCUCACGUCGAGUCGACACACCUGUUGGCAACCAUAUCUUGCUCAAACUGCGACAAGACCUUUAAAGCAAGGAAUUACCUGAAGCAGCACUUGAAGCGGGGGGUCUGCACUCAGAAUAUUGGAAAUACCUAACUCUGUAGGGAGGGUUUGCAAAAACUGAAGUCUUUCUGUGAUAGUCAAAGCAGUUAACAGUUGUUAUUUUGUAACAAAUCUUAUCAUGUCUAAAACUUUAAAAAAUGUUCUCUUCACUUUAUCCAAUUUUUUUCUGUUGUUUAAGGAAAGACUGUAUGACUUCCAUAUGAAUGUGUUCUGUUUAUAUAUUUUUUAACGUUGUAUGAAUAAAAGAAUGUAAAGAUAUCAA